AUGGAGCAGAAGAAGAGGCGGACGCUCAGGUCUGAGCCGGACGAAAAUGCCGCCACAGCAAACGAAUUCAACGUGCAAUGGCGCUCAGGCCCGGACGUCAAAGAAGACGCAUGGCCCACUGUCGGUGUCGACAAAGACGAUAUGGACCGGCUUGGAAAGGCUCAAGAGUUCAAAAGGAACUUCGGAUUCUGGAGUGCGCUUGGUUUCAUCAUGGUCUUCAUGGGUACCUGGGAGUUCGUUCUGAUCACCUUAGCUGUGGGCUUCACAAAUGGAGGGUUUGCCGGCCAAUACCACUGGGUGUAUGUUGACUGGCCGAUCAGCUAUCGUGCAUGUGAGCUGCAUGUCCGCGUGCUAACAAGAGAGGUCCACAGAAGCGAGUUUGCUCCACCACGGUAUCAAAAAGUUCUGUCCUACGUCGCCGGCUGGAAUUUGACUCUCGGCUGGCUGGCAACAAAUGCGAGCGGCACAGUGGUCGUCGUCAACCAGAUUCAAGCCAUGAUCACCAUCCAGUCUCCAGAAUAUGCUUUCAAAAGCUGGCAGUCGACUCUGAUAAUGAUUGCGUUCAUCGCAAUCACAAUCCUCUUCAACACCUGGGGAGCUUCGACGCUACCGACGUUGCAAGUGGUGAGCCUUUGCGCGCACCUCGCCGGCUUCCUCGUGGUGAUGAUUCCUUUGCUAGUUCUAUGCCCGAAGAACGACGCAUACGAUGUCUUCCUCGACUUCCAGGACAACUCCGGGUGGGACAACAUGGGCGCAGCGUUUCUCAUCUGCCAGGUGUACGUCCUGUACUGCUGUCUCGGAUCGGAUGCCGUAUGCCACAUCAGCGAGGAAGUGAGAGACGCAUCGCUCGUCGUUCCACAAGUCAUGGUGUGGGCCUUUGUCGGCAACAUAAUGCUCGGUCUGGCCAUAUUGGUCACGAUGCUGUUUUGCAUCGGUCUUCCCUUCUCAAGCUUCCAAAGCAAGAUGGAUCGUAAGCGAAAGAUCCCAACUAACGCCAUUUACGUUUCAUCGUUCGCCUCAGUCGUCUUGGUGCUGAUAAAUCUUGGCUCGCCUCUCGCAUUCAACAUCAUCAUCUCCGUGGCCAUCCUGGGAGUGCAGAGCACGUACCUGAUCAGCAUCGGCUGUGUUCUGCUGAAACGACUCAACGGCGAGCCCUUGCCACCGGCAAGAUGGUCGCUCGGUCGCUACGGCAUCGCCAUCAACGCUUAUGCGUUCCUCUACUCCGCUUUUGCCAUCGUCAUCUGCUGCUUCCCCACUACGCUGCCUGUCACUAUGGAGAACAUGAAUUGGGCGCCGGUCGUUUGGGUUGGAGUGCUGGUCGGCUCGUAUGUAUUUUACGUCUUUUGGGGCAAGAGGUUCUACACGGCGCCGGUGCAAUUCGUCGAGGGCAGGAAAGCGGAAGGAACGGCUUUGCAGACGAGCUGA